CGCACCCCCCAACGAGUGCGUCCUCCUUUCAGGGCCCAAGCUCUGCUGCCCGCCUCAGAGGUCGGGCAACGCUGGGCUUUCUUUAGUAGGUCGAGGGGCCGCGGCUAAACCGUCCACAGAUUCGUCAGCGCCACAGCAACCUCCUUAGAGUCUGAGCGACGGCGCCUAGAGCAGGCACAGAGCCUCCCACCGCCAGCGACCUGGGCCCGGGUAGCAGAGAGAGCAGCGCACUGACAGCGCCUCACAGCCACGGAUUCCUAGACCAACAUGGCUAAGAACCGCAAAGACAGGAACAGCUGGGGUGGGUUUUCCGAAAAGACAUAUGAAUGGAGCUCAGAAGAGGAGGACUCAGUGAAGAAGGCAGGGCCUGUUCAAGUGCUUAUUGUCAAAGAUGACCAUUCCUUUGAGUUAGAUGAAACUGCAUUAAACCGGAUCCUUCUCUCAGAGGCUGUCAGGGAUAAGGAAGUUGUUGCUGUCUCUGUGGCUGGGGCAUUUAGAAAAGGAAAAUCAUUCCUUAUGGACUUCAUGUUGAGAUACAUGUACAACCAGGAAUCUGUUGAUUGGGUUGGAGAUUACAAUGAACCACUGACUGGGUUUUCAUGGAGAGGCGGAUCUGAACGAGAGACCACAGGAAUCCAGAUAUGGAGUGAAGUCUUUCUCAUCAAUAAGCCUGAUGGUAAAAAGGUUGCAGUGUUAUUGAUGGAUACUCAGGGAACCUUUGACAGUCAGUCAACCUUGAGAGAUUCUGCGACAGUAUUUGCCCUCAGCACAAUGAUCAGCUCAAUACAGGUAUAUAACUUAUCUCAAAACGUCCAGGAGGAUGAUCUUCAGCAUCUCCAGCUUUUCACUGAAUAUGGCAGACUGGCAAUGGAGGAAACAUUCCUGAAGCCAUUUCAAAGUCUGAUAUUUCUUGUUCGAGACUGGAGUUUCCCAUAUGAAUUUUCAUAUGGAGCUGAUGGUGGCUCUAAAUUCUUGGAAAAACGCCUCAAGGUCUCAGGGAAUCAACAUGAAGAACUUCAGAAUGUUCGACAACACAUCCAUUCUUGUUUCACCAAAAUUUCCUGCUUCCUGCUACCUCACCCUGGCUUAAAAGUAGCUACCAAUCCAAACUUUGAUGGGAAGCUAAAAGAAAUAGAUGAUGAAUUCAUCAAAAACUUGAAAAUACUGAUUCCUUGGCUACUUAGUCCUGAGAGCCUAGAUGUUAAAGAGAUUAAUGGGAAUAAAAUCACCUGCCGAGGUCUGGUGGAAUACUUCAAGGCUUAUAUAAAAAUCUACCAAGGUGAAGAAUUACCACAUCCCAAGUCCAUGCUACAGGCCACAGCAGAAGCUAACAAUUUAGCAGCAGUGGCCACUGCCAAGGACACAUACAACAAAAAAAUGGAAGAGAUUUGUGGUGGUGACAAACCAUUUCUAGCUCCUAAUGACCUGCAGACCAAACACCUGGAGCUGAAGGAAGAAUCUGUGAAACUGUUUCGAGGGGUGAAGAAGAUGGGUGGGGAGGAGUUUAGCCGGCGCUACCUACAGCAGUUGGAAAGUGAAAUAGAUGAACUUUACAUCCAAUAUAUCAAGCACAAUGAUAGCAAAAAUAUCUUCCAUGCAGCUCGUACCCCAGCCACACUAUUUGUUGUUAUCUUUAUCACAUAUGUGAUUGCUGGUGUGACUGGAUUUAUUGGUUUGGACAUCAUAGCUAGCCUAUGUAAUAUGAUCAUGGGACUGACCCUUAUAACCCUGUGCACCUGGGCAUACAUCCGGUACUCAGGAGAAUACAGAGAACUGGGAGCUGUAAUAGACCAGGUGGCUGCAGCCCUGUGGGACCAGGGAAGUACAAAUGAGGCUUUAUACAAACUUUAUAGUGCAGCAGCAACUCACAGACAUCUGUAUCAACAAGCUUUUCCUGCAUCAAAGUCAGAAAAUCCUGAACAAUCAGAAAAGAAGAAAAUGUAAUUCAAUUUUUAAAAAAUUUCAGGUGCAUGACCAAUUAUCAGUUAAAUAUUUGAUUUUAUGUCUCCAUGCAAACACUGAAAGUGCUUAUAUCAGAACAGAAUAAAAUACCAAUCACCUCUGAA